CCACGCCCUUCCUACUUCCGGUUCCCGGGGCGGGCGAGGGGAGCCGGCUGGGGCGGGGGUGGAGGCCGGCGCCGCCCGCGCCCGCGGUUCCCGGGACGCCCUGUCACCGCCGAGCGCGCAGCAUGGGGUACCCGUGAGCAGCGGGAUCGUUCUUCCGUAGGGGUGCCCGUGCCCGGCGGGGGGAGGCCGGGCGGCGCGGUGGGCGGGGCCGGUGUAGGAGCAGGAUGUCAUCACCUUGCCACACCACUGCUGUGCUGGUAGUCUUUAUGGCCCUUGCUGUCGGUUUGGGAGCUGAACAGUGGAAAGAGAGGAGCUGUGAUGUGGUUGGUGAUGAAAGCAGCGAGUCACAAAUGGAAAGAGCCCUGCUGAAGAAACUGGAGCCCCUGAGUCAAUUGAGGUUUAACGUGACUGUGGAGAAAGGCAAAACAGAAAACUACAUCUACCAUUUCAGGGUAUGCAGGGAGAUCAACAGCACCUUGCAUGAUUUUGGUGGCCUGGUGCAAACAGAUAGACAGAGUGGCAAGACCACAGUGAUAGGAAGGAUCAAUGAAACCCAGGUCUUCAAUGGAAGUGACUGGAUCAUGCUGAUUUAUAAAGGAGGUGAUUCAUAUGGCAGGCACUGCAGUGGUGAGAAGAGAAGAGCUGUGAUAAUGAUUUCUUGCAAGCGGGGAGUUACAGCGAGUUCAUUCAGCAUUAUUUCAGAAGAGCGGGAAAAGGAGCAGGAUUGUUUCUACCUCUUUGAGAUGGACAGCAGUGUGGCUUGUCCAGCUGAGGAUUCGCAUCUCAGCGUUGGUUCCAUUCUAUUGAUCACGUUUGCUUCAGUGAUUGCAGUCUACAUCAUUGGUGGGUUCCUCUACCAGCGCCUUGUAGUGGGAGCAAAAGGCAUGGAGCAGUUUCCUCACUUUGCCUUCUGGCAAGAUCUGGGCAAUUUGGUGGCGGAUGGCUGUGACUUUGUCUGCCGAUCUAAGCCUCGAAAUGCACCAGCUGCAUACCGUGGUGUGGGUGAUGACCAGCUGGGUGAGGAGUCAGAAGAACGGGAUGACCACUUGCUACCAAUGUGAUAGGCUUUCAGCACUGAGUUUUCUUCUCCCCAUCUCCCCAGUGCUUGUUUAGCCGGGUGCCUCCCAGCCAGUUCUCCUUCUCUCACUUCUGAUUUUCUUUACACUGCUUUUUGCUGUCUCUGGUGUGUCAAGUCCCAUGGAUGCCUCUGGGUGUGAACAGCACUGGUCCCUGAUGGUAUGUCUUGUGAAUAUAAUGCUGUUCUAGGUCUUUAAAAAUGCACCAGAGCUGGAAGAGGGGAAAGUGCUGAGAGCUGAGUAGAAAUAAAAAAGCAAGCAACAUGAGCGUUCAGCACUGAGCAGGAAUGGGAGAUGAGUCACUGAGAGGAAAAAAGGGCCACGAAAAGGUGCAGAACAGGGAAGCAAAAGGAGGCCAUGGGUUAAAACAGCUGAGACUGUAGGAGGGAUCUCUUCUGUGUCUCUUUUUUUCUUUCUUUUUUUCCCCUAGGGUUUACAGGAUCUGUAAGACACUGGAUUUCUUUUUUGAAUGCGUUUUCAGCUUUUCUAGCUUCUGCACUGUUAUGCACUGUUUCUGCUAGCAUAACUUGCACAGGGUGCUCUAGUGCCAGAUACCAUGAGGGUGGAAGAGGCAUUAGCACCUCUGCAGUCUUUUCUUUUCCUAAUGGCUAUAUGUUGAAGAGUGCACACCCAUUUUCUUCAACAGAUGUAAAGGGAUGCAUGCUACCCUCUCAGACUGGAGAAGGGCAAUGCUAAAAACUGUAGGAGUUAAAUACAGUCUUGUGGCUUUCCAGUUCAGUCAAAAUAUUGUCUCAGACUUCUCAGCCAUUGAGAAGCAAAAGGAAAUAAUGUGUGUCUAAGUAAGGGGAACAUCUGCUGGAACUGACAUUGAGGCAAAAUGGGACAGUUAGUUGCCACUUGAGUUGUUACAAGCUUCUUGAGGUGACUGCCCACACAGCUCAGUCACUGUCAGCAUUGUGAUUUCAUGCUCUCCAAAACUUCCUUGUUUGGCAGAGGGAUUUCCCAUAAAGCUACCAGAAUUUAUUUUUAUAAAAAAGGAACCAUAGAAGCCCGGGAUAAGAAUGCUAACACACUAAAAACUGCAUAAGAGGCUUCUCUGACAGGGUCAGCUUUCAUAAAUCACUUGCCCCUUAAGCAUGGUGCAGACCAGUCUUAAGACACUUGCCCUGUGCAGAUGGUACUUACUGCUACUGGCUGGGAGUGAGAGACUUUCUCCUGAGGCCCUGCUGAAAAGCAGGUAUAGCCAAGUUGUACGAAUUAAUGGGAACCUUCCAGAACUUGGCACACUGAUUCCUAGUUCCUUUUUAUUUGAGGGUCUAGACUCUAAGCAACCCCAUUCUGCCCUAGUGUAGACUGGCAGAGAACUGUCCUCAGUCUUGAGGGCAGAACUGUGAAUAAGCAAGCCACUACUGUUAACAGCAGAGUACAGACAAGGUUCGUGUGUUUUUAGUACUGCCAAAGCAGUCCAAACAGUGACACUGAGGGAAAAGAGUUGACCCUGCUUUCUUGCUGGGUAUAGAGUGGGCAAACAUUUCCUGCUUUGACUUGUUAUGGUCUCGAUCUUUCUCAUCACAUGGGGAAAAAGAGGAAGUCGCCAAGUCUGUUGUUACAGUUUUUCAUGGUGGUGUUUAAGGUAAUUUUUUUUUGUACAAAACACAACUUUCAGAAAUAAAGUGACCCAAAAAUGUGGUAAAACA